UGAUAGUGACGACGUCGUAGCCAUAGACGCGACAAGAGUUUGGGUAUAGCUUGACAAGGACACAUAGAUGUCAACAAACAGAUUUUCAUGGCCAGCAGGUUUGCAAAACUCUGCUUUUAACUUUAUAACAUCGGAAGAUUUUGGAUAUGAACUAACCAUCUUAGGCACUGGUCUGAACAGAAAACAGAUUUGGACCCUGGAAUUAAAUCAUGACGAAACAGUCUACAUGAAGAAUCGAUUUGAACGCUAUCUGACAGUUGAUAAGUUUGGAGCCGUAAAAUGUGAAUCAGAGGAACUUAUUGAUGAUGGAAAAUUUAAUAUAGAAUUCUCCCCUGAUGGAUCUGGUAGAUGGGCCUUUAAAAGUGAAAAGUAUGGGACAUACUUAGGUGGAAAUGACCAAAAGGUAGUAUGCUUAUCAAGAAAAGUUUCUGAAAAUGAACUGUGGUAUGUUCCAAUGGCUAGACACCCACAAAUUGUUUUAGGCAACAAAAGACGGAAGCGUUAUUUUGGCUUAGUUGGAAAUGAAGUUAUAUGCCAAGAUAGAAUUCCUUGGGGGCAACAUUCAAUAUUUACUUUAGAAUAUCAUAUGGGGAAAUAUUCAAUAAAAACGAGUGAUAAUAGAUAUCUACGUAAAGAUGGUAACUUAACAGAAUCAAAGGAACCGGGAACAUACUUUACUUUGGAGCUGAGAGUCAAUUCAGAACCAAAGCUUGAGGGAAUUGCCUUUCGAGAUGACGAAGGAAAAUACUUAGGUGGUGUUGGUAUUGGUAGUCAGUCGGUAACUCUCAAAACCGACAGGAAAACAAUAACAGACGAGGAAAUUUUUCAACUGGAAGAAAGUAACCCCCAGGUUGUAUUCGUGGCACCAAAUGAAAACAAUGUAUCGAUUCAAACCGGGUUUGGACUGUCUGCCAGUACAGAUGAGGAGAGUCAAAAGGAAAUUUUUCAGAUUGAAUUCGACAAUGCUACCAAUAAAUGGUAUAUCAUCACAUCGGAACAUAAAUUCUGGUCUGUUAGCCCGAGCAAUAAAAUAGAAGCAACUUCUACAAGCCGCGACCCAGAUUGUUUAUUCCAGUUCGAAUGGCUCUGUGGAACUGUUGCAGUAAUCGCCGCAAAUGGCAAAUACGUUGGCAUACAACCAAAUGGUCAAAUGACUGCUAAAAGUGAUGGCAUUGGUGCAAAAGAAAUAUUUAGAAUCAAACUCAUCAAUCGACAAAUGUUGGUUUUAAAAGGUGACUAUGGAUAUGUAGGGAAGAAGUCGUCGUCUUCUAAGGAACCAGUCUACUCGUGUAACAAAUCAAUGUACGAAGUAUUGGAGCUGGAACAUGGUGACAAAGGAGUUUAUUACAUCAAAGGCGAUAAUGGCAAAUACUGGAAUCUAAAAAACACAACAAUCUCUCCUACUGGCACUGAUCCGGAACCAUUUAUACUGGAAUUUAUGGGUCAUUGUCUUUUGGCUAUCCUUGCGCCAAACACAAAAUAUGUAAAUGGUGAGAAAAGUGGUGGGUUUGAAGCUACCACUCAGUUAAUACAGAAAUCGUGCUUGUGGCGAUUCUAGGCAAUACAAAACUUUCGUUUUCCAUUCUAUUAUCAGUUUGUAUUAAAGGAAUCAGAAGCGUAUUGUAAUGUUUCUUGCAUAAAUUGUUUUUUUUUU